CCUGCGUUCCUUUCACCUGUGGGCCGCUCCACCUGUGGGCCGCUCCACCUGCGGGCUGCAUCAUGCCAGCCUUCCGGCAGGUAGGGGAGAAGCAGCUUCCAAACCCUGUUCUGUGUAUGGCCUGGUCUCCAAAGAGGGAUCUGAUCGCUUUGGCCAACACGGCUGGAGAGCUGCUGCUGCAUCGCUUAGCAAGUUUCCAGCGGGUUUGGAGUUUACCACCUACUGAACGCACCGGGAAAGAGAUCACGGCGCUUGCCUGGAGACCAGAUGGCAAAACACUGGCCUUCAGUCUCGGAGACACAAAGCAGAUCGUCCUUUGUGGGGUUGAGAAGGCAGAAAUCCUUCACGUGUUCCCAGUGCAGAGCGCCGUCACCUGCAUGCACUGGAUGGAGGUCGUGGAUGAGAGCAGCUCCCUCAGCUCUUUCUACAGCUCAGAGGAUGAAUCCAAACUUUUUCUCCCAAAAAUCCCAACCCUUCCAAAAAGCUACAGCACAACUUCAAAGAUCUUCAGUGAAGAGAAGUCAGAUGAAAUACUCAAUCUCUUGGGAGAUGCCAGACUGAAUGUUCUUGUUCUUGGAGGAGAUUCUGGCUUUGUGGAGCUUUAUGCUUAUGGGAUGUAUAAGAUAGCAGCUGUGGAUGGGGUGACUGGAACGUGCCGCAAUCUGUGUCUAUCCAGUGAUCUCAGGUCUCUGUCUGUCAUCGCAGAGGUCAGGUCUGCUGACAAUAACCCAGAGAUCUGCUACAUCCAGCUGGACACAGGCCUGCUGUCUGACUGCCUGCCUGAGGUCACCCGGAUGGCGCUGAAGUUCACCUUCAUCUCCACGCUGCUGCAGUACCUGCAUCUCUCUCUGACGUGUAUGUGUGAGGCGUGGGAGGACAUCCUCAUGCAGAUGGACCUUCGGCUCACCAAGUUUGUUCAGGAAAAGAACACGAGCACUCAGGUUCAGGAUGAGUUUCUGGAGCUCCUGCUGUGGGGACAGUCCAGUCCUGAACUUCAGGCUCUCCUCAUGAACCAGCUGACUGUAAAGGGUCUGAAGAAGCUUGGCCAGUCUAUCGAGUCUUCUUACUCCAGCAUCCAGAAGCUGGUGAUCAGUCACCUGCAGAGUGGCUCCGAGGCUCUGCUGUACCAUCUCAGUGAGGUGAGAGGGAUGUCUCUGUGGAGGCAGAAGUUUGAGCCCCUGGGCUUAGAUUCUGCUGCUAUAGAAGGUGCCAUCACAGCUGUGGGCUCCUUCUCUCUGAAGGCCAAUGAACUUCUGCAGGUCAUCGACAAGAGCAUGAAAAACUUCAAAGCCUUUUUUCGCUGGCUGUAUGUGGCCAUGCUGAGAAUGUGUGACGAACACGUUCCACCAGAACUCAAUAAGAUGACUCAGAAGGACAUAGCGUUUGUCGCUGACUUUUUGUCGGAGCAUUUUAGUGAGAACGAGGAGCUCUUUGAUCGUAAAGGGAAAUACUUCAACGUGGAGCGAGUUGGUCAGUAUCUGAAGGAUGAGGAUGAAGACCUCAUGUCUCCCCCCAACACCAAGGGGAACCAGUGGCUGAAGUUUUUAGAGGAGAGCUCGCACCUGAAAGAGAGCCCGUUGCUGUUUCCAUCAUAUCCCCAGAAGUCUUUGCACUUUGUAAAGAGGAUGAUGGAGGGCGUGAUCCAGCACUGCCUUCAGAAACCGGCUGAGGUCAUUGGGAAAUCUGUGAAGCAAGCUGCUUUUGUGCCCCUGUACACUGUGCCAGAGAGCUCAGAAAACACACCCCGGCUCUUCGAACUCCCAUCUUUAUGGAACGAUAAAAAGGCCAAAAUGCAUAAUGUUGUGUUCUGCAUGCCGGAGGUUUCACCCAGCAAGUUUUACCUGCUGCGCAAAGAAACCCACUCAAACAGUCAAACUCCACUCAGUGUUGUGUCGUUUAACCUCACCCACCAACUUGAAGAUCCAGAGGAUGACAAUGCUGCAGACCAGCCAGGUUAUGUCUACAGCUGUCUGGAUGCUCGUUUCUAUGACGAUGACAUUUUAACAGUGGUAUUACAAGCAUGUGAAGAGCAGAGCGGCUGGCGUGGUUUGGCUCAGCUUCCUCUUUCAUCCAGUCUGAGCUGUGGGACCGACUUCAGCUGGCAGCCCGACAUCAGGCUGGACCAGCAGAGCAGCACCAUCCCAUGCCAGACUCUGUUUCCAGGGACCCAGUGGCGUGAACUGGAAAACAUGAAAGCUCAGUUUGUUGCCGUCAACGGAAUCCGUAAAGUGGCGUGCGUGCUGAGUUCCAACGUGAGGCACAUUCGUGUUUUUGAGAUGGAUGUAGAGGAUGAAGAGGACGAGGGGCUGGAAUCUCUGAAUGCAAGUGCUGACCAGGAUGGGCUGGAACCGUCCGGGCCCAGGCGUGGGCCUGCAGAGGAGAACCCUGAGACUGACGGUGAAUCCAAGGGGGGCCGCGGAGGUGCCCUUCAAAAAACCGAGGAGCAUCUGGAGUCAGAAGAAGCUCUAAAAGUCCCAUGACACCAAGAACAAGGUUCUUUGCAUAAAUGCUUAAAGUCCUGUGGUUUUUUGAUUGUUUAUUAAUAAAAAAACAAUCUGCUGUCAGCUAUUUUGAAA